AAUUCUCUGGUCAAACUCACCCUCUUUCUCUUCUACUAUUAAACUCAUUCAAAAGCUCUCUAUUCGAUCAAUGUGUAAGCCUUUUAAUUUGGAUGAGGAAAUAAACUUAGUAAUGAAGUGUAAAGCUGUUGAAAACAGGCAUCCCAACAAGGUUUCAUUUAAAGGUUGUUUUUGGUAGCACUAAAAGGUGGUUGUAUCUUAAAAUAUGGAAACGAAUUAUGUUGGUUUGGUGGGAAUUUUUCUGCUGCUAGUUGUUGUCGGUUGCUCAGGUAAUGAUACAGAGGGGAAUGUUAAUGGAAAGAGUGGUUUCGAUCAAAAUGUAGGUGGCAAAGUAGAUCCAGUUAUAGAAGUUCAUUCUAAAUCUACUUCGGAUUCCAUUGGAGUUGGUGAAGUGAUAGAUAAUGGUGGUAAUCAAAAUGAUGGAUCAGAAAAGGGUGUUGAUAGUGGUGCAAGUAAGAGUGGUUUGAACCAACAAUCAGGUUCAAAUGAAGGUGGGAAUUUGGAUAAAAGUGGGAAAGCAUCGAGUGAGGAGGCAAAAGGAAAGAUGAAUGAUGUUGGGGAAGUUGAUGGAUCAGAAGAAAAUGUUGACAGUGGUACAAGUAAGAGUGAUUUGAACCAGCAAUCAGGUACAAAUGAAGGCGACAAUUUGGAUGAAGGUGGGAAAGCAUCGAGUGCUAAAGCAAAAGGAAAGACAGAUGGUGGGGAAGUUGACGGUGGCAAUGAAAUUGAUGGAUCAAGAGGGGAUGUUGAUGGUGGUGCUACAAGUAAGAUCGAUCUGAACCAGCAAUCGGGUUUGAAUGAAGGCGAGAAUUUGGAAAAGGGUGGGAAAGCAUCGAAUGCUGAAGCAAAAGGAAAGACUGAUGGUGGGAAAGAAGGUGAUUAUACGCACAAGGGCCAGGAACAAUCGGAUGUUGAAGACGAGGGGAUGACAGAUGGUGAGCAAAAGGAAACUCCGGGUGAUAGCGUGGACCCCAAGAAAGUGAAUGAAGAGAAUGGCAUUAUACAGGACUCAGUCGAACCACCACCGCCGCCGCCUUCACUAACAAGUAAUGAUGGUUUUCAAGUUGAAGAAUGCAACUCAUCUAAUAUGUGUACGGAUACGAAUAAAAGGUUUGCUGCCUGUUUGCGAGUUCCAGGAAAUGAUUCUCCCAAUCUAUUACUUGUGAUUCAGAACAAGGGAAAGGGGCCUCUUACCCUUAAAAUAUCUGCUCCUGCUUUUGUUCACUUAGAUGAAAUGGAUGUUGAACUCCAAGAGAAUCAAGAUACAAAGGUAAAGAUUACCAUAAAAAAUUCAGGAACCGGAAACUUGAUUCUCUUAAAGGACGGUACCGGAGAAUGCAGUCUCGAUUUCAAGGAUUUCACUGCGCAUGGUUCGGGCAAGUCCUAUGUGAACUUCAUGUCACAAACCCCAACAACGGCCCUUAUAUUCGUCGCUGCUAUACUGAUAUUAGCAUCACGUUGGAUGUGCAAGAGCUUUAGAUGGAGGCAACUCCCAAGAAGUGGCUCCAAAUACCAAAGGCUAAACAGGGAGCUGCCUGUAUCUGGUAGGGCAAGAAGAGAACCGGACGUUAACGAGGGUUGGGAUGACCGCUGGGGUGAUAAUUGGGACGACGAGGAGGCACCAGCAUCACCUUCCGUGCCUAUAACUCCUGGCCGCUCCUCCAAACGCCUUGCCUCGCGACGGUCGAAUAAGUAAGGAUG